AUGUGUAUUAUGGAUUUGAAAAAUAUAAAUUGUGAAGAGUUAACUCAUCUGGACAAGUGUUUCACAGACCAUGAGACUCGGCACAAUACCAAUCACACUGAGGAAGAAACUCCUACUCCGGUAACAUCAGAAGAAACUACUCCGCUGCUUCAUCGGUUCCCACACACUGGGUCGGAACGUAAUCCAGUGACAACUGUUAUUGUCAGCUUGCUCCUGGUGAUACUCAUUGGUGGUGUCAUAAUCGGAAUAUAUCUCCUCAUUUUACAGAAUAAUUCUGAAAAUAUUUUACCACCAAUAGAACGACCGUUGCAGUUAGUCAGCAGAUCACAAUGGGACACUAGUGAUGGAGACCAGAGUGCAUUGAGAUCAUUCCCAUAUAGACUGAGAGCAGUCACUGUCGUUCAAACUGGAACGGAACGAUGCAACAGUACGGAGUCAUGUACGAAACUACUAUUGGAAAUGCAGGCCAACGUUACGUCAGUGAACGCCACGCUACCAUAUAAUUUUUUGAUAUCUUCCAAUGGACAAACAUAUGAGGCUCUCGGCUGGCUCAAGUGUAUUCCUCAGGCUACGAAGAACACGAUGCCUACUGGACUGCUUUUAGCUUUUAUAGGAAAUUUCACCGAAACUCCACCGACGCGGCCACAGGUGCAAGAAGCAAAGAACUUCUUCGAUACAUCGGUGAGCCAACAGUACUUGCAUCCAUCUUACCGCAUUUUCGGUAAAAACAAAAACGAUACGCCGACACACUUGAUCGACAGCCUUAAAACAUUUCCGCAGUGGAGCAGCGAAUUCUCGGAUAAAAAUUGA